CGAGAAGACGACAGGAGGAGAUCCACAGGGGUGACCACUUUAACCGGACCAUCCUCGGACAGCUCGCCCACCAAUGUUCGUCCAACCUGGCUGCUGUGCUACGGUGCUGCCGGGCAAGAGAACCGCAAGAUGAUCACGACCCAGCAGAAGACGUGGAGAUACUGUAGACCCGCCGCAGCAGAGACUGGUCCUCUCGUUAACUUUGUUCAUUGAUCACUGGCUCUGGCACAAACAUCUGGAGCUGUGUGAAGCGGCUGGUGAACCUUUUGACCCGAUCCAGUCACUCCAGCCCUGUGGCCCUGAAGUGCGGCCUCUAUAAACUCCUCACUUCUUCAAAAUUUCGUCCACGGGGAUAAAUGAGUGAACCGGCUUCAAGGGAAAGGGCUGGGACAUGUACCAGAACCCCAACAGAAUGUCCUGGUUCAGUGGUUUCCUAGUCGCCAGAGUGGAUGACCGCAAGACUGCGUGGGGGGAGCGCAAUGGCAAGAAGUCCAAACGGAAGGGAGGCUCAUCUCUCUGCAACCCGCGUUACAUGAGCUGUCUGCGGGACCCAGAUGCUAUGGAGCCCCCCUCUGGAGCCCCCCUCCAUCAGCACCACCGCGGAGGGGUGGCGGGAGCCGUGGGAGGCGUGGGCAACUUUGGCGUCCGUUGCGGAUGGCAGGAGGACCACUAUGGCAAAAGGGUUGCGGCUCCCGGGGAAGGGGUGGGGCUGAAAUCGGUCGACUUGGGCUUUGAGGACGGGGAUUUGAAAGGCAGGAAAGGGGGGUGUAACGGAGGAAGUGGGGACAUGGGUGAUGAGGGUCCCAACGGUGCAGCAGGGGUGGUUACGGCUGCGGACUGCUGGCUCAGGGUGGUGCGAGUAUUCCAGUCGAAAAAAUUCCAGUCCCGCAAACUGGAGCGCCUAUACCAGCGUUACUUCUUCAGGCUGAACCAGAGCUCCUUGACCAUGCUAAUGGGGGUACUCGUGAUCGUGUGCGGCAUCAUGCUGACCUUCCACUGUGUCCAGGCCCCCCCCCACGUGGCUUAUUCGUCAGCCCUGUCGGUGGCGAUGGCGCUCUUCAUGGCUCUUAUGGUAGUGUGCAACCGCAACGGCUUCCACCAGGACUACAUGUGGAUGGUCAGUUACCUGGUGAUCGGAGUCUUGUUGUCGGUGCAGGUGUUCGGGGUGCUCAUGGUGGCACCUCGGAGCGCUUCAGAAGGCAUCUGGUGGUCCGUGUUCUUCAUCUACAUUAUCUACACACUGCUGCCGGUGAGGAUGAGAGCGGCGGUGAUGAGUGGAGCUGUGCUGUCUAUCAUACACGUGGUCACCACCUGGCAGAUCAACCAGGAAGACAAGUUUCUCUGGAAACAGGUGAGUGCUAAUGUCCUGAUCUUCCUGUGCACUAACAUCAUUGGAAUCUGCACCCAUUACCCCGCUGAGGUUUCCCAGAGACAAGCCUUCCAGGAGACCAGAGGAUACAUCCAGGCCAGACUACAUCUGCAGAGGGAGAAUCAACAACAGGAGCGUCUGUUGCUUUCAGUGUUGCCAAGGCACGUUGCCAUGGAGAUGAAAGCUGACAUCAAUGCCAAGAAGGAAGACAUGAUGUUCCAUAAGAUCUAUAUCCAGAAACAUGACAAUGUCAGUAUUCUGUUUGCAGACAUCGAGGGUUUUACCAGCCUAGCCUCUCAGUGCACAGCUCAGGAGCUGGUCAUGACACUCAAUGAACUCUUUGCCCGUUUUGACAAGCUGGCGUCGGAGAACCACUGUCUACGUAUUAAAAUUUUGGGAGAUUGUUACUACUGUGUGUCGGGGCUGCCUGAACCUCGAGCCGACCAUGCCCACUGCUGUGUGGAGAUGGGCGUCGACAUGAUCGAAGCCAUCUCGCUGGUGCGUGAGGUGACGGGGGUCAACGUUAACAUGCGCGUCGGCAUUCACAGCGGGCGCGUGCACUGCGGCGUGCUGGGACUCAGGAAGUGGCAGUUUGAUGUGUGGUCUAACGAUGUCACGCUGGCCAAUCACAUGGAGGCAGGAGGCAAAGCAGGACGGAUCCACAUCACUAAGGCCACCCUGCAGUAUCUUAACGGAGACUACGAGGUGGAGCCAGGCUUUGGAGGCGAGAGGAAUGCAUAUCUGAAGGAGAACAGCAUCGAGACCUUUCUGGUCCUCGGCUGCAGCCAAAAACGGAAGGAGGAGAAGGCGAUGAUGGCUAAGAUGCAGCGGACGAGAGCGAACUCUAACGAGGGGCUGAUACCACGAUGGGUCCCUGACAGAACCUUCUCCAGGACCAAAGACUCAAAAGUCUUCAGACAAAUGGGGAUUGAUGAGACCUCCAGUAAAGACAACCGUGGUGUUCAGGAGGCCAUGAACCCAGAAGAUGAGGUGGAUGAAUUUUUGGGACGAGCCAUCGACGCUCGCAGCAUCGACCAGCUAAGAAAAGACCAUGUAAAGAAGUUCCUGCUCACCUUUCAGACCUCUAGCUUGGAGAAAAAGUAUUCCAAGAAGGUGGACGAUCGUUUUGGAGGCUAUGUUGCCUGUACUCUGCUAGUAUUCUGCUUCAUAUCCUUCAUACAGAUUGUUAUCUUUCCACACACCCCGGUCAUGCUGGGAAUCUACAUCAGUAUCUUCAUCAUACUCGCCAACAUCCUUUUCAUCUGUGCCAUAUACUCUUGCAUCAAGCUCUUUCCGGCUGCAAUGCAGACUGUUUCAAAGAAGAUUGUCCAGUCUCGCACCAACAGCACACUGGUUGGAGUAUUAACCAUUAUCCUCGUCUUCAUCUCUGCCUUCGUCAAUAUGUUUGCCUGUGACACCAAGAGCUUAGCGGAGUGCGUCGCUGAGAAGCUGAACACUUCUGCAGCCAUGGUGACGCCAUGUGUGAUCCGCAGCUUGAAUGUGUCUAUUGAAGGGGGUCUCGAGAUUUGUCCUAGCCAAGGCCCUUCCUGCCCCUUUCCUGAGUAUUUCAGCUACAGUGUGCUGCUGACGCUGCUGGCCUGCUCGGUGUUCCUGCAGAUCAGCAGCAUAGGGAAGCUGGCCCUCAUGCUGCUCAUCCAGCUCACCUUCCUGCUGCUGGUGGAGUGGCCACAAGUAGCACUAUUCGACAACGCAGACCUCUUUGUCACCUCCAAUGCCAUUGAUUUAAAUGAAACUAGUGCUCAAUGGUCCAGUUUCAAUGAAACUACAAACCAGUGCCCAUUUGUUGUGACCAAAGUGUCCCUGAGGGUCAUGACUCCAGUGAUUCUCACAGUCUUUGUCCUGGCACUGUACUUGCACGCCCAGCAGGUUGAAUCUACUGCACGCCUCGACUUCCUGUGGAAAUUACAGGCCACAGAGGAGAAAGAGGAGAUGGAGGAACUACAAGCCUACAAUCGUCGUCUCCUCCAUAAUAUUCUGCCUAAGGACGUAGCUGCUCACUUCCUGGCUCGUGAGCGGCGUAACGACGAGCUGUACUACCAGUCCUGUGAGUGUGUGGCUGUCAUGUUUGCCUCCAUCAGCAACUUCUCAGAGUUCUACGUGGAGCUGGAGGCCAACAACGAGGGAGUGGAGUGUCUCCGGCUGCUCAACGAAAUCAUUGCUGACUUCGAUGAGAUUAUCAGUGAAGAGAAAUACAGGCAGCUAGAGAAGAUCAAGACCAUUGGUUCCACUUACAUGGCGGCCUCCGGUCUCAACGACUCCACCUACGACAAGGAGGGCCGUUCACAUAUUAUUGCUCUGGCUGACUAUGCCAUGAGACUGAGGGAGCAGAUGAAAUACAUCAAUGAGCAUUCCUUCAACAACUUCCAGAUGAAGAUAGGUCUGAACAUUGGACCAGUGGUAGCAGGGGUCAUUGGGGCGCGGAAGCCUCAAUAUGAUAUUUGGGGAAACACAGUCAAUGUGGCCAGUCGCAUGGACAGCACAGGUGUACCUGACUGCAUACAGGUGACGACAGACCUCUACCAGGUGCUUGUAAACAAAGGGUACGUGCUGGAGUACCGCGGGGUCGUUAAAGUCAAAGGUAAAGGGGAAAUGACAACCUACUUCCUGAACGACGGGCCACCCAACAGUUAGCAGCCAUGGCGACAGCAGAUGCUUUGACGAUCCCCACUGCAAGGACACAGCACCACUGAGCGAGGACUCACAGUGUGAGCGAAUGGCUAAAAACUCCAAAAAAAACAACAACAACAACAACAAAAAACGCCAUCACUUGAAUCCCAAGCAAGGAAGAAAAAAAACUUUUAAGACUUUAAAAGGAAAAGUGUUCUUGAUGAGAGGAAAAUGUUCUCGUUUGACAGCCAUUUUGGCCCACAUACAUGUUGAAGGACAAGUGUUUUUCUCAUGUCUAGCCUCUCUCUCAGGCUUCUUGAAAGAUGCAAAGUCUGUUUAUUUAAAACAACGCCUUUUAGCCUGUGUCAAAAGAAGAUUAACGCUGUACAUAAGGCUACUUUUUAUUUUACUUUGUGUUUGUUUUUUGUUUUUUUUCCUGUAAUUUUUAUUUCACAUGAAUUAUGAACAGGUACUCAUAUUUUGUUUCUUGGAUUAAUUAUUUAUUUCAAUCUCGAUGUUUUUGUGCAAAAGGUCCUUUAUGAAAAAAGUGUGAAUACAUACGUGCACAAAUAUCCAGUUUAUUACACGUUUAUAAGUGUGUAUGUACAUGCAUAUUUGUGUGUGUAUGAAUAUAUGUAUAAAAUGAGGAGGAAUAUAUUGACCAAAGACUAAAGUAUUUACAAAAAGCAAGGCAAGACAUGUUUGAUAUGUUCUCGCUAAAGUCAGCAAUGAUCACCGCCUCUGUUUUUUAGGCAGGAGGCCUGAACCCUUUGUCCUUUUGCCCAACUGCUGGCAGCAACGACUGCUUCAUUGUUAUCAUAAAAUACGUACAAUAAUAUAAUUUUGUCUGUCAUUCAGGCAGCAAAGAGCUAAUCACAUUAAGUCUAAAUUAUUAUAUUGCCCUCAACCUCUGGACAAAAUUAUUAAAGAUGACUAAGGAUGUUCUCUGAAGGUGAUAUCUGAAAUCUAUAUUUUUAUCUCCACUCUCUGAGGAGUAGAAGUAGUUCCAGCUAGGAUUAGGAUCCUCUUCAACCUCGUUUCAUGUCAGAUUGGUUCUUUAGAGCUUGAGCAGCCAGAAUACAGCUGGUUUCAGCCCUAUGAGUAUAUCAUCAUCUACUGCUCCUUCCCUUGCAGAGAAGUUUUUUUUGGUGCAAAUGGAAAUGAAGGAACUUAGAUCAGCGAGUUGUUCCAGAGCCAUCAGGGGGGGAAACCUCGGAUUUCAGCGCAGUGGUACCACAAAGCCUGAUUCUUCUAUGAAGAAGAAAUAGAUGAAGGAGAGAAAUAUAUAUUGAUUUUGACUGAAUACUGUGCUUUGUAAUCCUGAAGGGGCAUAACUAUUUUCACUGUGAGGUUUUUAUGAUACAACAAAACUGCUUUCUUGCCAAACAUAACCGCUUCGAAGCAUGUCUGAUUGUGGUAUUUUGUUUUCAUUUUUGUUUGUUUUAACGUAGGGUAUUUUGUAUCACUUCUGUAUCCAUCAUUUGUAUAUUCUUAAUGUUGUUAUUAUUAUUAUUAUGAUGAUUCUGAUUAAUUAUUAUGCUUAUUAUGAUGAUUCCAUUCCAAUGAAAAGGAUCAAAGACCAGCACGCUUUUCUUGUAAAAUGCCAGUUGUAAAGCUCAAGCUCACUGGUACCAACUGAUCAACUGCAGCCAAUGAAUUCUGCGGUUAAAUCCUAAUGUACAAUACAGUAUUUCAACUGGCGAUAGAUGUGAUCAUGUAUAGUAAGUAAUAACCAUUAGCUGCCUUUGCAGCAGAACCCGAGUGGUGUAUGCUCACAUAAGCAUAGCAGUGAACACACAUACAGAUGAUUCACUGUGCUUUUCUUUUUUUUUUUUUCAAAUUUAUGCCACUACUGCAGUAUUGUAAAUCUCAGUCAGGCUUUAAGGUGACCUCUCCCUUCCACACAUUAAACAGAACAUAAUCCUCAUCCAUGGUAUUACGCUAUGUGGUGGAGUGGACAAGGCACAAGUAGUAGGCCUACGUGUAUCUUUCAGAUUCAUUUCAUUCAUUUCUAGUAUUAUACCCCCGUCCCCCUGCCUCCACUCUCAGUCUUUCAGCAACAAAGUGGACGUACUAAUUGCUGAGUUUGAUUGCCUUAAGUUAAUAUAAAACAGAUCAUAGAGUAUAACACUAAAACAGGAACUGUGCCUGCUUGCCCUGUCUGGACUGCUGAUGUUUGAACGGAGAGAAAGGGAUAAGGGCUUGUCGAAAAUACUUUCAGUUAACAUCUCAUCGUCGCCAUUAUCUUUGUUUCUCCGGCUUCACCUGUUUUUGUUUUGUUUGUUUGUUUUUUUCAUAAUUGGGAGACUCAGCCCUGACUUAGCUCUUCCGCCACACUCAACAAUGGCAAACCAACAGUUGAUCAUGUUUGUACCAAAGCCAGCUCACGCAGCCUUGUGCUAUUGGUCCCUCCUGUGCAAUGAUAUUUGGCCUCUGGCGUGGUGGGAACACCAGAGGACAGUAAUGUAAGUGGAGAUCACAAACUAUCAAGUGAACUGUGACCAAUGAAGAGUGAUUCAUAUAAGCAAAGAGUUUAUAGGAUGGACAUGAGUUUAUAAAAAUGUGCAUUGUAUGUAUUCUAUUUCUAUUGGCUGUCCAUAGACUUGUGUUGAUUGUUAACUCUUGGGAUGUUUUUUUUGGGGGUGGGUGGGGGGGGAGUGGGGAGGGAGCAGGAGUGGGGAGGAAGGUUGCCCCCAUACUACUGAAACAGUGUUUUGCUCAGGCCUGAUGAAUCCUUCCGUAUUUGUUUUGUUUUAUUUGUAUUUUCCCUGAGUUGGAGGAGUUGAAAUGGGGAGUGUGUUUUUUUGUUUUUUUUUGCAAAGCUGAAGGACAAGAAGAGUUGAGGACUAUGACAAAGAGAAAAAUAACAUUUCCCCUUGAAGAAAAAAUAAAAAAAAUC